UAAGUUAGACUAUGGUAGUUAGGUAUAUACCACUGUGACAAAAUGGGAAUUUUUUUUUUUUUCUCUUCACUACAUACACACAUAUUCAUGAGUGAGAUUGGUGGUAUUGGAGUACAGGUAGAUAAUGCACACGUAAAUGUAUUGAGUAAAAAAAGAAAGAAAAGGAAAAAAGAUAGAGAGAGAAUAAAUAAGAAGGUAUGCGUAUGAUGUCGACCGCGAUCCGCUCACUUGUUGAGUGUCGCGCGACGUGGAUUAGUAUGUCUUAAGCAACCAUCAACUCAUCGGUAGUGUAGUACUACUCUAUUCACCAUUUGAAGUGCUUUAAGCCCCUCGGGUCAGCCCGUGUUAGACUGAUGUAUCAGAAAAUAUGAUUGAAGCUUUUUUUAAUUAGUUUUAGUUUAUUAGGACACCUUUUUUUUUUUUUCUUUUAUAAAUCUAAGUGAUUUUUUUGAGUGUUGAACAAAAAAAAAUUGUUUAUGUUGAUUUAUUGUCAACUCAGUACAAUCUUAAGUCGUGAGAAAUGAGUACUUAAACGUGGACAAUUCAAUGAAAUAACGAUAGAGAGAGAAUAAAAAAAGACUAUUGUUGGCCAAGUCAUCUUUUUCUUUUGUUUUAACUGGUCAUCACAUAUACACACGUUGCCUCGUCAUUGUCUAUGCGGAAUAUUACACAAGCACUGCAACAGCAGCAGCAGCAGCAAUAGCAACAGCAAGUGAUUGCGCAACUAGGCAUCCUCCACGAGAGAGCUAUAACCAGAUUAGCAUCGACUUCUACUACUUAUUUUUAUUUAUUUACAUCUUAUUUAUUUAAAUUUAAAAAUAAUGAAGUGGAUUUAUUUUUUAUUACAAUUCAAAAUAUAUCUGAUUAUCAAGUGAAUAUUAUUUUUAUCAACAAACAUUUCUAAUCAGUUAUUAGUCACCAGACAUAUUAAACUUUUUAUUAUUACAAGCACACUAAAGUACUGUAAAAGAAGGCCAGAGAGACAUCAAUGCCGCGAUAUUCUCGCCCGCGCCAUUUGUGGCGUGCGGCGAUUAGUUCAAAGUUUUGCAUAAUUGCUACAUUUAUUUUAUCAACAAGAUAAAAAAGACAAGUUGUUAAAUUUUUUUUUUUUGUUAAAUAUUUUGUUCAAAUAUAUAUCAAGUGAAAUAUCAAGAAUCAUUAGUGCAAGUUUGGAAUAUUGUUAACAUUAAUUAUUUUAUUAUUAAAAUUGCACAAGUGUUGGAGAUAGUGUUGAUCCAACUGUUGAUUGAUCAAGAAAGACAAUUCCUUUGGAGUGAUAUUAAUUAAAUAUAAUCGGUCGUUAAUAAUGUUAAAAUAAUGGCAAUGAAAAGUAAAAAACAAUACGGUGGUGUGGCACAUAUUAGUUCUAAUUCAAAUUUAUAUCCAGCUAUUAAUCAAACUUAUUGGGCACCACAACCUCAGAAUGUGCCUUAUUCAGUACCAGAUCGCAAACUCUUUGUUGGGAUGUUAUCAAAAAAGUACACCGAGAAUGACGUUAGGAAUAUGUUUGAUACUUAUGGAGCUAUUGAAGAGUGUUCUGUACUGAGGGAUAACAGUACUGGUCAAAGUCGUGGCUGUGCUUUUGUAACUUUUGCCAGUAAACAGCAUGCUAUAAAUGCCAUCAAAGCUUUGCAUCAUUCACGUACAAUGGAGGGUUGUUCAUCACCAUUGGUGGUGAAAUUUGCUGAUACCCAAAAGGAGAAGGAUCAGAAAAGAAUGCAACAGAUGCAAGCAAGUUUAUGGAAUAUUGCUGGAGUUAAUAACAAUUUAAUAACGACACCACACUAUCUGACUAAUACGGAUUCUUAUGGCUUAGCAUCAGCACAACUUCUCCAGCAACUUCAAACAACUUUGAAUACUAAUGGCAACUUAGCAGGUGGUGGAUUGGUAACACCCACUACUUUGACAACUCCUAACACUAAUCCACUUAUCAAUAAUAGUCUCAUUCAACAUCAACUGCUUAUUCAGCAACAUUUAGAAUUGAAUGCAGCAGCAGCAGCAGCGGCAGCUGCUGCUGCUGGUGUAGUAACACCACAAACUCUACCGCCAAAUUUACCUGAAUUAAAUACCACUACUGGUCUUCAGGGAUUGCCUGGUAUUGCAUCACUUGGUAAUUCCACUGCUGGAGCUGAUUAUGUUUCAGCAAAUACAACAGUCGGUAGUACUCCAAUGACCGUACAAAAAUUGAUGGCUCUUGCUGCGAUAACGAACGCAAAUGCAGGCAUACAAAUUCCACCAGUCACUUUAAGUGGAUUAGCAGCAGCUACUUCAUCUCAAACAGGAUCAACGGGAAAUAAUGUAAUGACAAACAAUACAAACAAUAAUAGCAGUUCAAAUAGUUGCAACACUAACAGCUGCUUUAAUCCUGUAUCAUCUUUAACGCUUAAUUCUCUUCCUGGCACUUCUCUAAGUGGUGGUGGUGGUGGUAGUGAGGGUGGUAGUACAGGUGUAGGAUGCCUUCAAGACUCUUUAGGCAGUACUUAUUCAAGUUUACAACAUUAUGCAGGAUUUCCAGCAUUAACUCCAGUCUCAGCUACUGUAGGAACUAAUACAAAUUGUGGAAUCGGUGGAAAUAACUCAACAGCAGCUGUUGCUGCUGCUGUAUUGGCAGCUCAGCAACAAGCUAUGAUUGUAAACGCAGCUGGGAAGCAAACAGAGGGUCCUGAGGGAUGUAAUCUGUUUAUUUAUCAUCUACCCCAUGAGUUUACCGACAUUGAUCUCGCCUCUACUUUUGUACCAUUUGGUAAUAUGCUUUCUGCCAAAGUAGUUAUUGAUCUCAAGAAAAAUUCAAGUCGUUGUUUUGGUUUUGUAUCUUACGAUAAUCCAACAAGUGCCGCAGCAGCUAUACAAACAAUGAAUGGGUUUCAUGUAGGUGCAAAACGUCUUAAAGUUGAACAUAAACGAGCCAAAGAAGCUGCUAAACCAUAUUGAGCAGGAUGGAUUUAUUUGUAGAUGCAGAUGCACAGGCCUGUGACAACGUAUCUGAUGAUCGGAAUAACUAUAUCUGUGCCAUAUAAAUAUAUAAAUAUAUAUAUAAAUAUAUAUAUAUACACAUAGAAGCGUAUUAAAAAAAAAAAUAAA